AUGCGUCACCUCAGAAUUUCAGCGUUAUUGACUUCGCUGCUUUGUGCAACUGGGAUUGUUGCAAGCGAAGAUCCCAAUGAUGUGUCCGUUUUGAUUAGAGAGGCUGGACGCGCCAGCAACGAGUCCCUGCUAUGGGGUCCCUACAAGUCGAAUCUCUACUUUGGAGUGCGUCCUCGCAUUCCAAAGAGUCUUACAGCAGGAUUGAUCUGGGGAAAGGUUGACGAUUAUGCCGGUGCUCAACAAAACUUUAGACAUACAUGCGAACAAAAUGAAGGAAUGACCGGGUAUGGCUGGGACGAGUACGAUAUCCGCAAGGGUGGACGGGAAACCAUUCACGACGCUGGGAACAGCUUGGACUUGACAAUCGAUUUCAUCAAGGUUCCCGGUGGUCAGCACGGAGGUAGCUGGGGAUUCCGAGUUAAAGGCACGCCCACAGAGGGUGCAGACCCCGACCAGCCCGUCUCGGUGAUCUUCUAUUCCACUCUUGAAGGCUUCGGUCACUUGGGAGCUGAUUCUUCAUCCUCUGAGUCCACUGGCGUGGAAGGCAAUGUCAAGCUCGAAGGAUACUCCACUGAACUUGGUGAUUUCGCUAUCGAUGUCACCACUGGACCGGAAACCAAUUCGUACCCCCGCUACAAUCAUCCUAGCUCCACAGACAAGCCAUUGGAUCGCAGCAUUGUAGCUAGUGUGGCCUUCCCAGAGGAGCAACUUUGGCAAGCAAAGGGAAUCUUCUUCACUCAAUUGAAGGCGGAGGUGGAUGAAGCCCUUGAAGAGUACGGAAAAGAGAACAUUUCUCCCCCAGCCCAGCUGUUUACUAUCAAGCAUAAGCCUGGCCAGGGCAAUGCCCAUCUUGUCCAGAAGGUUUUCACAGCUGCUCCGCCACAGGCGCCAUUUGACUCGCCGAAGUACUCGGGCUUCUCCAAGGCAAUGCUGUCUAACCUUAUCGGUGGCAUUGGAUACUUCCACGGCGAUGAUGUCGUGGAUCGGUCUGCAAACCCUGCGUAUGAAGAGGAGAAUGAAGGCUUCUGGGAGGAGACUGCCGAGGCUAGGGCUGCCGUGCAGCCUGUUAUUGAAGGCCCGAAAGAGCUUUUCACUUGCGUUCCCUCCCGGCCAUUCUUCCCUAGAGGGUUCCUUUGGGAUGAAGGUUUCCAUUUGAUGCCCGUGAUUGAGUACGAUACCGAUCUUGCGCUCGAGAUUAUCAAGAGCUGGUUCCACUUGAUGGACGAGGAUGGGUGGAUUGCCCGUGAACAAAUUCUCGGUCAAGAGGCACGCAGCAAGGUGCCUCCGGAGUUUACGAUCCAAUAUCCCCAUUACGCAAACCCACCUACUCUGUUCAUGGCCUUGGAAGCAUUCAUGGACAAAGUCAAGACUAGCAAUAACAAGAGCAACGAGUUCGAAUCCCUGGACAACCAAGAUGCGACCGCGAGCCUGCGCUCUGCCACAGUCCGACACCCGGAACUGUCUGAAGCAUACCUUCGCUCAUUCUACCCGCUCCUGAAGAAGCACUACAACUGGUAUAGAAACACCCAGCGCGGCGAUAUCAAGUCAUAUGACCGUGAAGCAUUCUCGACCAAGGAAGGCUACCGCUGGCGCGGACGUUCCGUGCAGCACAUCCUCACUUCUGGCAUCGAUGACUACCCCAGAGCUCAGCCGCCGCACCCCGGUGAGCUGCAUGUUGAUCUGAUCAGUUGGAUGGGAAUGAUGACUCGCGCUAUGCGUCGCAUUGCCGAGAGCCUCGGCGAGGAAGAAGAUGCCGAGGAAUACGCCUCCUACGAGACUGCUAUCACUCGCAACAUUGAUGACUUGCAUUGGGAUGAGAAGGAGCAGACUUUCUGUGAUGCGACUAUCGAUGAAUACGAAGAGAGUGUCCACGUCUGCCACAAGGGUUACAUCUCCAUCUUCCCCUUCCUGACUGGUAUGCUGGGUCCUGACAGCCCUCGUCUCAAGGCCAUCUUGGACUUGAUCGGUGACUCCGAGGAGCUGUGGAGUGACUACGGUAUCCGCAGUUUGAGCAUGAAGGAUAAGUUCUACGAGACCGAUGAGAACUAUUGGAGAAGCCCUAUCUGGAUUAACAUCAACUACUUGGUGUUGAAGAAUCUCUAUGACACUGCAACGGUGUCCGGUCCUCACCAGGAACAGGCGCGGGAGAUGUACUCCGACUUGCGGAAGAAUUUGGUCGAGAAUGUCUUCCGCGAGUGGAAGAAGACUGGAUUCGCUUGGGAACAGUACAACCCUGACUCGGGCAACGGCCAGCGGACACAGCACUUUACCGGCUGGACCAGUAUGGUGGUGAACAUGAUGUCCAUGCCUGAUUUGGCCGGAGUUGAAAAGACCACUCAUGACGAGCUGUAA